AUGGCAUCAGUACUUGCGUGGGGAACCGGCAUCGCCGCCGCGGCAUUCUUCGGCCGCGCAGCAACGAUCGCAUGGCGCAGGUCUCGUGGUGGCGUCGGCGCGAUGGGCCAGGCCUUCUACAAGGGCGGAUUCGAGCCGCGCAUGAACAGGAAAGAGGCGAGCCUGAUCCUCUCCCUGAACGAGCGCGCCGUCACCAAAGAAAAGGUCCGAAAGGCCCACCGAACGCUGAUGCUGCUUAACCACCCCGAUCGAGGCGGCAGUCCGUACCUGGCGACGAAAGUGAAUGAGGCGAAGGAGUUCUUGGAAAAGACUUCGUCAUGA